AUGGUCCGCUUCACUAGUUUCUUCCAGCCAUCAAAUGAAUCACAAGAGGAACUUAGAAGACCACUUUCAUCAGCUGCGCCUUCUGUUGAGGGCCAGGUUGAUAACUUUACCGAAGACGGCGAUAUAGCUCCAAUAAAGACUACAGAUGGUACAGACGAGAAAAAUAGCACUACCAGAUCCAUAAAUAAUGCGAAAAGCAAAAUUUCAUUUAGACCCACGGUUUCGAUUGAAAAUGAAGGGAAUGGCCGCAAACUCAGUAUCCCUAAAAGUAGAGGGCGUAGGAAGAUCGAAGAGCCUCUUCCCAUGGCGAGAUGCGAAGUGUGUCAUAAAGCCAAAAUGAAGAUCGACCCUGCGACAUCAAAUUAUGAUGCGAGGCUAAGACAUUGCGUUAAAUUCUUGACAAUGCGUGCUAAUGGCGAGCGUGUAGCGGAUUACCGCUUACCAGACGGUGGCACACAUAAGUUGCCUAACAAGCUUCGAUCCUUGCGGAAAUUCUUGAGCAAACACUCCACUAUAAUAGAGAAGUCCACUGCAAACAAGAUGCCCGUUUCUCAAAAAUUGAGGCAAUACAUAGAUAUGAACUUUACUGCGAAUUAUCUAUUCGAAAUUCGAACUGCAAACCAAGAUGUUUCUGAAAACGAAGAAAAGUGGCAUUCAUCUUUCUGGGUUCCUAGAAAUUGGGAUCCAGACAGCUCAAAGCCAUGUUCUGGGAUACGCAAUAAUCUCUUUUGGAGGUACUAUGGUGGACCUUUUCAAGUCUAUCCGGGCCAUUUUUUUUGUCCAAUGGAUGAGAUCAGAAGCUGCCACAAUUCAUGCAAGACAGUGAAGGGCACAGCAGCCACAAAAGACUUCCGUCUCCUUGAAAAUGUCAAGCCGAUGAAUGUUCGCAUGAAAUGCCGAUGUGUUGAAGGGGGAAAGAAUAGCCUUGACCAGAGCUGGAAUGUACGAUUAUAUAAGCGAAUGUCGGAGGAAGAGAAGAGGAACGAGAAAGAAAAGGAAUAUCAGGAAGGAUUGGCUUUUGCGAAGCCUAAUGAUAAUCGAAAGUCGGGGGCGAAGGUGAAGGAGAAUUCCGAGUCGAGUUCCUGGGCAAAUCCUGGUCUUCAAUUUGAUUCCUUAGCAGAUGACACCAGACUAGUCCUUGAAGAAGCUGAUAGAGCCGCAAAGAAGAGUAAGGAUAAGCAAGAUCCUAUCAAGUCACUGGAAGGCGAGAAUGGCCUACCAAGAAUCAAGGAGGAGAUCAACACAAACCCCCAGAAUGAACUGGUAAAUAAUGAAAAAAUUUCAACUCCUGUUAAUGAAAACAUUGCAUUCACCGAUUAUGGAGCUUCUCAGAACACCGGCUUAGAAGGACCAGAAAGAAUCCGAGAACUGCACCCUUCCGUAAUUCAAGAUGAAAGUAUUUCACCAACUGGCUCGGGGAUUGGUCGAGACAGCGAUGCAGAGGAGGGAAAUCAAAUCCGAGAAUCCCGAUCUUCAGUAGCUCAGGAUGAGACGACUCUGGCUACUGGCUCUGAGUCUCCUCAAAAUACCAAUUCAGAAUGGGGAAACGAAUUUCUGAACUGGCAAUUCCUGUUACACCAAGAUGAGAGUACUUCAGCCACUCGACCUGACUCUUUGGAAUAA